AGCACACACACACGUAUUUUGGCAUUUAUUGUUGCGCAAUAGAUUCUUUCUAGAGAAAAUCUAUUAAUAGUAGACAAAACCCAAAUAUUUGCAUGAAAAUAGAUUACAGUGGAUUAUGGCAAGACCAACCAAUGCAAUGCCCAUUGAUCAGGUGGAUAGUUCAGAAUCAAGUGCAUCGCAAUCGAAUGAAGUACGAUUGCUGAAGCAUAGCUGGGCUCGUACAAUCAAAAUGAAAAAGUUCAGCAUCCUCAAGGACCAAUUAACAUCGACGAAUCCAAUGAUUAAUACGAUCGGUCUUCAUGGAAUCACCCGAAAAAUCGACAGCUACACGAAUUGCGAUGAAUUUUUGGCCGAUAUCGAUGCUCUUGUUCGUAGCUACUCGUUGAAGUUUAGUGCUCAACCCGAUGCCAAGGGAGUGGUCGCUGCGUUGGCCGAACUAUGUCAUCGUGACGUGAGAAGCAUUCGCACGUGCUCAGAUUGCUUCGAAUAUUGGGCCAACGAUUCGCAAAAUUAUUUUACAAAAGUUUGCACCAAACCGCAUCUCAUCGUGUAUGCCAAGGUUGAUGGUUGCCGAAAAUUUUGGCCAGCCAAAGUGAUGUCUGUGAAUGGAAACAUGGUAAACGUUGAAUUCUUUGGCGAUCAUACGCAAGACGACGUUCGAGCCGAGAAAUGCGUUUUGUACACACGGCAUACUCUUCGACGUAAAAAUGCCAGCCCAUUCAACGAUGCGAUUUUGGAACUUGAUGGUCAUAUCAAGAACAUUGAAGAAAAGUUUGGUCCAAUGUGUCGUGCUAGCUCCAAAAUCACGCUUGAUCCAAAAAAUGUGGAAAAACAGCUAAUGACCAUGAUUCCGGGAGCAUUCAAGCGAAGCCCGGAUGUUGAACGUGCUGCUUCGAAUGAAGCUCAGCCAAAUGUCGAUGAACCAGGCGAAUCGUUAGGAAAUGUGCCAACAUCCAACAGAUUGCCAUUGAAUGAUGAAUCGAACGGUAUCCGAAUGCAAAGUGGCCAAGGCGGACUUGGUCAAAAACGCAGUGCACCGUUAAGAAACGAAGAAACCGCAUCAGCAGUAAAGAAAGCUACAACAGCUCAUGGCUAUGUUGCAUUGACUGCAAACUAAAAUGGGAUCUUUGAUCGUUCGAACAGUUUGAACGUUUAAUUGUCCACAUUUUCAUUACAUUUUUUUCUAUCAAUUGCUUAACUGUGCAUUGCAAUUUGGAAAUCUUUUGGUUUUCUUAACCAUUCAUUGUUUUUGGAUUUCCAAUUGCAAGUUCAACUAUUCUCUAUUUUGAUACCGAUAGUUUUUUUUCUUCUAAAAUUAAUUUUCAAAUUACGUCUUUUUUGUUUUGAAAAGUUCUUACCUAAGGGCUAAGGAUUUGAUCUAUGUCUCUGAAAAAGUCAUAUGAAUUGAUAAAACAGUUCAAUACUCUAUUUCUUAUUACCAUAAACUGCAUUUUCAAUUUUCAUUGAAUAAAUAUACAAAUUCGAAAGAGAAAGCAUUUGGCCUAAAUUUCAAAAUAAUAUUGAGCUACGAAUAAAAAGUCUCAAUUCCCAUCAAAA